AUGAUGCCUAGGAAAGUACAAAAUAUAUAACAUUUACACCACCACCAAAACCUUAAUCCCAAAAAGUUUUUUUUUUUUUAUAUAUAAAGUUUGUAAACGCACACAUUUAUAACAUAUAAAUAUUUGAUUUAUUAACAUGAGUCAAAUAAGAUCUCAAGUGAUUAUGUUUUUAUUAAUGGAGAUAUUCCUAUUACUUUUAUUACUGUAUAAAUUUAAAAAUAUUUAUAAUUUUUAAAAAGAAGUGAUGAGUCAUGUCAUUUGACUCAUUUCAUAUUUUCACACAAUACCAUUAUACCAAUGUCCCAAAAUAAAAGUUUAUCAAAAAAAAAACAAAAGUCCCAAGAUAAAGAUGGCAACCUUGCCAGCACCAGAAUUAUAUGCUCUUCAUAGUUCAAGCACAGUAUGCAGUAGCAGCGAUCUUCCUCCUUGGCUGUUGAUUUGGCAUCAUGAGGAGCAAAUCUGGUAUUUUGCUCAGAAGUUAUCUUCAUCUUUCUCCUCUUUUCCAUUCUAAUGGUGGAUCUUCUUCACGUAAGCUUCUUCAUCUCUCUCCUCUUUUCAUUUUCAAUUUCAAUUUCAGUUCCUCUCUUUUGAAUUCACCCCCUUUUUACUUUCUAUCUAUUCUAUUUUCUUCCCGAUAUGACGCUUCUCAUUCUGUUCAACUUGAUUUGGAUGACCCCAAAUUGUUUCUGAAAUUUGUUAGACAACAAUCCAAAUUAGGGUUUUCUGAUGUUUAAAUCCCCCUUUCUCUUUUCGAUCAUAUGAAAUUGAUUCGCCCACUUCCUGGUAUUAUCGAUUUCAAUAUGCUUUUUUCAUCCAUGUGUAAGAUUAAACCCCACCCCCCUUUCUCUACUGUCAUUUCUCUUUAUAGGCAGCUCCUUUUCUUAGGUCUUCGUCCAAAUGAUUACUCCCUUACCAUCCUUGCUAAUUGCUACUGUCGUUUGAACUUUGUUGAUUUCGGGUUUUCUGUUCUCGCCAACAUUAUUAAACUUGGUUUUCAACCUAAUAUUGUCACCUUUACUACUCUCAUCAAUGGCUUCAUUCGCUCUAAUCAGUUGGACAAAGCUGUUCAUUUGUUGGAUAAAAUUCUCAAGCUUGGCCUCCAACCCACAUUAGUCACUUAUGGUUCUAUGUUCAAAGGUCUCUGUAGGUCCGGUGAUAAUGCCGGUGCUCUCAAACUCCUUAUAAAUAUGGAGUCUUAUGGCCAUUUUAUGCCUAAUGUUGUCAUUUAUAGCACCAUCAUUGAUAGUCUCUGUAAAGACCAGUUAUUACCUCAGGCUCUCCUCCUUUUCAAGGAGAUGAAAAUCAAGGGAAUUUCCCCUGAUGUUGUCACCUAUACUACCUUAAUUCGAGGUAUGUGCACUUUGGGACAACAGAAAGAGGCUCAACAAAUGCUGACUGAGAUGUUAAGGAACAACAUAACUCCUGACAUUCAGACCUACAACAUGUUGAUUGAUAUGUAUUGUAAAGAUGGCAAGGUUGGUGAAGCACGGGACAUUUUUAUUCACAUGACUGAGAGAGAAUUUGUUCCCAAUAUCAUCACUUACAGUGCUCUGUUAGAUGGAUAUUGUUUACGUGGUGAGAUGGAUGAGGCAGAAAAGCUUAUGGAUUUGAUGGUUGAAAAUGGUUGCAAACCUGAUGUAAUUACUUGCAACAGCUUAAUCAAUGGCUAUUGCAAGUCUAAAAGAAUUAACAGAGCUCUUGGUCUGCUCCAAGAGAUGCAUUGUAAUGGAUUAGCCCCUAAUGUUAUCACGUACAGCACUCUUAUAGAUGCCUUGUGCAAAGUCAAUCAGCUCAAGUUUGCACACCAGUUUAUCAAGGAAAUGGAAGCUCAUGGACUAAGGCCAAAUAUAAUCACUUGGAAUUCAUUGCUUGAUGGCAUGUGUAAGAAUGGACAAAUUGACGAGGCAAUUACAACAAUGAAGAAAAUGGAGAGUACUGGAAUGGUCCCUAAUAUUAUUACAUACAGUAUCCUAAUGGAUGGUUUUUGUGAUGCUAAUCGCCUUAGAGAAGCGGUGGAUAUUUUCACUUCUCUGCCCGCGAAGUGCUUACAGCCCAAUGUAUUCAGUUAUAAUAUUAUUGUAAAAGGAUAUUGCAAAGAGGGUUUGCUUGAUGAAGCUACUAAACUUGUAAAUGAAAUGGAGGACAACAGGUGUUCACCUGAUGAGUGUACCUACAACACUAUUAUUAAAGGAUAUCUUUAUGGCAAGGAUGUCAGCAAGGCAUUGGAACAAGUCAGUACCAUGAGAAUUAAAGGGUUUGCUGCGGAUGCUCAUACGGCCUCUCUAUUUCUUAGCUUCAUAACUGACCAUGCUGUUAGCGAUUCAGACAAGGCUUUGCUUCGAAAGUAUUUUGACAUAUGCUUUUGCACAUUAGCUGAAUGGUUUUCAGUUUAUCAUAAGCUGUUGAUUAUGGAUGAUGUUAAUUGGUCUCAGAAGUUGGAACUAAAUGUAGCAAGGACAAAUUCAAUACAUAAGUAUAAUUAUUGUUUUUUGUUUGUUUUUCAUGUGUGCAGGGAUACAACUUUGGAAGAUUUGUCUUGCAAAUUCGUGAAAUUGCGGAUUAUAGUUAGUCCCUCCAUGUUCAAAGGUCUCUGUAGGUCCGGGGAUAAUGCCGGUGCUCUCAAACUCCUUAGAAAUAUGGAGUCUUAUGGCCAUUUUAUGCCUAAUGUUGUCAUUUAUAGCACCAUCAUUGAUAGUCUCUGUAAAGACCAGUUAUUACCUCAGGCUCUCCGCCUUUUCAAGGAGUUGAAAGUCAAGGGAAUCUCCCCUAAUGUUGUCACCUAUACUACCUUAAUUCGAGGUAUGUGCACUUUGGGACAACUGAAGGAGGCUCGAGAAAUGCUCACUGAGAUGUUUAGGAACAACAUAACUCUUAGCAUUGAGACCUACAACAUGUUGAUUGAUAUGUAUUGUAAAGAUGGCAAGGUUGGUGAAGCACGGGACAUUUUUGUUCACAUGACUGAGAGAGGAUUUGUUCCGAAUAUCAUCACUUACAGUGCUCUAUUAGAUGGAUAUUGUUUACGUGGUGAGAUGGAUGAGGCAGAAAAGCUUAUGGAUUUGAUGGUUGAAAAUGGUUGCAAACCUGAUGUAGUUACUUACAACAGCUUAAUCAAUGGCUAUUGCAAGGCUAAAAAGAUUGACAAAGCUCUUGGUCUGCUCCAAGAGAUGCAUUUUAUUACGUACAACACUCUUAUAGAUGCUUUGUGCAAAGACAAUCAGCUCAAGCUUGCACACCAGUUUUUCAAGGAAAUGGAAGCUCAUGGACUAAAGCCAAAUGUAAUAACUUGGAAUUCAUUCCUUGACGGCAUGUGUAGGAAUGCACAAAUAGAUAAGGCAGUUGCAACAGUGAAGGAAAUGGAGAGCACUGGAAUGGUCCCUAAUAUUAUUACAUACAGUAUCCUAAUGGAUGGUUUCUGUGAAGCUAAUCGCCUUAGAGAAGCGAUGGACAUCUUCUCCUUUCUCACAGCUAAAGGGCUGCAUGAUGUGCGUGCUUACACCAUAAUGAUAAAAGGGUUUUGUAAAGAAGGGUUGCUAGCAAAAGCCGAUGAAUUAUUGAAGAAUAUGGAGGACAAUAAAUGCUUUCCAAAUGAAUGCAUCUUCAAUACAAUUAUUAGAGGAUUUAUAGAUGGAAAGGAUGCUAAGAGAGGUUUAGAGCUUGUCAGCUUAAUGAGAAACAAAGAGUUUGCUGCUGAUAAUCACACUAUAUCAUCAUUGGUGAGCUUACUCACUGAUCCUAAUAUUGGUGAUGCAGACAAGGAUUUGCUGAAAAAGUUUUUUGAGAACUGA